AUGCCUUGCAAUGUUAUCCCAACUAUUUAUCUUCAAAAGUUCUCUUCUCUAACAAAAGCUUUGCUUUUAGAUUUAGAACAGAGAGUUACUCUGGCGUGGUUUGUUCAUAAACCCGGAAAAUUCAAAAUUUGUUUCCAGCUUUGGUUGGGUUCUGUUCCAAGUUAUGUGUGUAUAUAUGCUGUUUAUGCUAUUUUAGUGCUCUUGCAUAACACGACAUACAAACAACAGUAG